GCUCUCAGAGGUUAGAGCAUGAUGCUUCAGUGGCAGCAGCACUUUGGCAGCUUGGACUCACCCUGCAUCAAGGAGACACAGAAUAUAUACACACUCCUGAUGACUCCUGGUUGUCUUAUGACUAAAAAAUGGUUUUAAAGUAUAACAUAAAACCUCAGGCAUAAAUAUAUACUUACUUAAAUAAUAUUCAUAAAUAUUUCUACAUGUAUUCUCUAUAUUGUCAGCUGAUUACAAACAACUGAUGUCAAAAGACUUGAAAGACUGUGGUGUCAAGUACAUUUUGUCAGUGAACGGUGUAAUGAUGUCAAUAUCUGAAGUCUUGGGUGCAGUUAGUGACCAGGUGGUAAGGUGCUGCUAUCAUUCCUGAGGUGUCUUGGGCCACUUCUCUGAGAAUCACUUGAUGAGAUGCACAUUCAAGUCCUUUACUCGAGACUGAGGAGUGAAGGGAACAUUUGGCAGGAUGGAAAAAAAGAUCGGCCCAGCUGAACAAGAAGACAAGAUGCUGCAUUACCUGACUGAAGUAGAGGGCUUAGCUGAGGACAUUCUGACUGACAAAAGACAGUUGGUAGACCUGGACAAGAAAAGACAGAAGACAAGGGAGGCUAUCAGGGCUGUGCGGAAAGACACCUCAAACAAGAACUGGGUUUGUCUGGGAAAUACCUUCAUAAAGUUUCCUGGGGAUCAGACUAAGAAGUUAUUAAAUCAAGAUUUUGAUGAGCUUGACAAAGAAAUUACAGAGGUAAGACAACGACUGAAGCCCAAGGUUAACAAACUACGAGAUCUGGAGGAUAAAGACGCUGCCAAAGGAUUCCAGUUAAACCCAUUAAGUAGGGAGGAAAUGAAAGCAAUUGACAGUCUCUUGUGAUGAUGAACGAGCAUCAGAAAGAAUACCAAGUUUUGUUAUAAGAAAGUUUUUGUUAUAAGAUUGUAUGGUAAGAAGAUGGAAUAUGUUAUGGUUGUCAAAACAAUUGUCAGUGAACUGGAGACUUGGUAAAGCUGCAAUUCUUCAUUGUUGCCAUGGUUAGGUAUGGACAAAGUUCUGUGAAAAUGUGGAUUAGCUUCUGUCAAGGCUCCACAUGAACUGAAAAUCCUUACAUUUUGAAAUGACAAAAAAGCUUGAUCCAUGGUUUUAGUAGCUUGUAUUUUAAACCAAUAUUGAAUACAGUUGACUGGACAUUUAUUCCUGCAAAUGGUUGCAUGUUCAUACUCAGGGUUUGGAUGUGGUGUCUUGUCUGAGGUCUUCAGCACUUAGGAUAUGUCCAAACAGAGACACCAAGUGUCCAGAAUUUUGUUGACAGGGACGCUAAACCUCAAGCCCUCAACAGUGGGAAACAUGUUUGUGACAUUACUGGAAUGAUGGAAAGAUUAAUCAGGCAGUCUGGAAUUCACUUUAAGUUUAGGAAACAUUAUUAUUCCUUGCUCUUGUUUAAUAUUUAAAUUCUACGGCUUGAUCAUCGAGGGAGGACACUACAGAAAUGAAGGACUGCAUCUUUAUGUCCUGAGGUGGUCUUGGGUCGUCCCCUCCCCAGUUUUCUUGGGCAACUCAGAGAAGUCUAUGAC